AUGGGGCAUCAGCUUCACUGCAGUUCCAGCGGAGCAGAGUUUAGUGGAAAAACACAUUCUGCUGCCCUCACCACAGAGAGACGUUACCCUUGCAGUCAGUGUGACAAGAGCUUCUCACAUCCUUCUAACCUCUACAGACAUCGCCGCAUUCACACUGGAGAGAAGCCUUACGCUUGCAGUCAGUGUGACAAGAGCUUUAAGACAAAAGAGGGGCUCCUAAUACACCAGCGUGUUCACACAGGAGAGAAGCCAUUUUCAUGCUCUGACUGUGGAAAGAGUUUCUCAACCUCUUCUAUCCUCCGCAGUCAUCGCCGCAUUCACACUGGACAGAAGCCAUACCCUUGCAGUCAGUGUGACAAGAGCUUUAAGAUAAAACAACACCUUCAAGACCACCAGCGUGUUCACACAGGGGAGAAACCAUUUUCAUGCUCUGACUGUGGAAAGAGCUUCUCACGGGCUUCUAUCCUUCACUCACAUCACCGUGUUCACACUGGAGAGAAGCCUUAUGCUUGCAGUCAGUGUGACAAGAGCUUUACGCAAAAAGGACACCUCAACAAACACCAGCUUGUUCACACAGGGGAGAAACCAUUUUCAUGCUCUGACUGUGGAAAGAGCUUCAUGUGGCAUUGUCAGCUCCACUCACAUCACCGUAUUCACACUGGAGAGAGGCCGUACACUUGCAGCCAGUGUGACAAGAGCUUUAAGAGGAAAGAUGAUCUCCAACGCCACCAGCUUGUUCACACAGGAGAGAAACCAUUUUCAUGCACCAACUGUGGAAAGAGUUUCUCAACGUCGUCUAACCUCCAUAUACAUCGUCGCUGUCACACUGGAGAGAAACCAUAUUCAUGCUCUGACUGUGGAAAGAGUUUCUCAUGGGCUUCUCAACUCCACUCACAUCGCCGCGUUCACACUGGAGAGAGGCCUUACCCUUGCAGUCAGUGUGGCAAGAGCUUUAAGACAAAAACAGCGCUCCAAAACCACCAGCGCAUUCACACAGGGGAGAAACCAUUUUCAUGUUUAGACUGUGGAAAGAGUUUCUCACGGUUUUCUGACAUCCACUCACAUCGCCGCGUUCACACUGGAGAGAAGCCGUGCGCUUGCAGUCAGUGUGACAAGAGCUUUAAGACAAAUGCAGAGCUCCAACGCCACCAGCGUGUUCACACAGGGGAGAAACCAUUUUCAUGCACAGACUGUGGAAAAAGUUUUACAUAUCAUUCCGCCCUCUGCAUACAUCGUCGCAUUCACACUGGAGAGAGGCCGUACCCUUGCCGUCAUUGUGACAAGAGCUUUAAAACAAAAGACGAUCUCCAAAGCCACCAGCGUGUUCACACAGGGGAGAAACCAUUUUCAUGCACCGACUGUGGAAAGAGAUUCUCACGUUCCAUUUACCUUAAGAGACACUUGUCAUCACACUUAGAAGAAGCCGUAAGCCCUCAGCCAGUGUAACGAGAUUUUCAGAGUCCUCUAACUCUAAAGCUACAGUGGUGGUAAUAUGUUCACAAACCCUGGCAGAAUAUACGCUUUGCUAGUUAUUUCCAAUAGGAUGUGAAUGAUCACACAAAACCUUUUGUGUAAUACCACUCUGGCCACCAUCCUACACAGUGCACCUAUAACCCCAUGCCACUUUUUGCCAUUCUACUGGCGCGCCGGCACGCCACAUUGUCACUGUUUAAGUUAAGUAAGUGCGGCUUGUGGGGGAGCUGUGGCGUAGCGCGCUAAGCCCCCCACACUUGGGCUUGCAUGCCCACGGGGACCCUGGAUCGAGUCCGGACGGGGUCCUUUCCCAACCCUACCCCAUCUCUCUCCACACUCACUUCCUGUCGCACCUUCACGGUCCUAUCCGAAGUAAAGGCACAAAAAGCCCAUAAAAUAUCUUUAAAAGACAUUGACAAGGCUUGACAAUUCCCAUUGAUUUCAAUGUAAAAUGCCACACUCCCUAAACAUUGCUCAAAAACUGUGUUCAAGAUAUUAUGUGAGCUUAGAUAAAGUCAUAAAGUCAUUCCUUACCGUUCAGCAGUCUGGAAAGUGGUCUUGGUUGUGUUGAAAUAUCCAAUAAAAAGUUAAGAUGCUUAAUCCAUUUAGGAGGAAAAAAUUGUAUUUUUUCUUCAAAAUAAAUCCACUGGGAUCUUCAUGAUUUUUCUUGGUCACUCCAACCUUAUUUACACGUAAUGUCAUACAGUACAUUGGCAAACUCGUUGAAAUGUCUCAAGUAAAUGUCUUUGGCUGGAUCUCAAAUGGCACA